AUGAUGGCUGAUAACAAUAAUAAUCAACCUCGAACAACAUUUGAAUUACAAUAUUUGAUAGAACAAGAAAAAACUAAACGUGAAGAAGAAAAAACUAAACGUAAACGACUCGAAGAAGAAACUAAACGUGAAAAUAAAAAAAUCGACGAAGAAACUAAACAAACUAAACGUAAAAAUAAGGAAAUCGAAGAAGAAGAAAAAACUAAACGCAUAAAAAUGCAACGUACACAAUCAUCAUUAACGGAUAUAUUAUGGUCAUCUCAUAAAGAUUUUUACGGUUAUGUGGUAGAUGGUAAUCUAUAUAAUUUUGAAAUUGAUUGGGUAUCGUCAAAUGAUAAUGAUUAUUUUAAUGAUAGAAUAAAAAAUUAUAUUAAAGAUUAUUUGAAUGAACUUUCAUCACUUAAAAGAGUCUAUGAAACAGAUCUUCAGAAAAACUUUAACGACUUAAUAGCUAAUUUAUUAAAUGCAUAUGAUGAUUCUACAUUAUUACAAUAUAAAAAUACAGUUGGUUCGUCUUAUUUAGAAUCAAAAUAUUCUCCUGAUUGUACAUUUAUUUUUAAAAAUAUCGAUGUUAGUAAUGAAUGUUUACAAGAUUUUGUUGUUUGUCUUGGUGAAUUAAAAUGUCCGGAUCAGUCUAUGACAGAGACAAAAUGCAUUGGUCAAUUAUUACAAUAUUUACAUAUAAAAUUUUAUUAUGUUGAACGAAGACAAAAUUCUAGUGACUAUAAUUAUUAUCAAAGUAAAAGUUUCCAAAUAUAUGAUUCUUCAUUUGAAAAAUUGCCAAUUAAUAAUAGACAAAAAAUAACAACAAAUGAAAAAUCAAAAAAAAAAUUUCAUUAUUGUGAAGAUACAUGGAAAAUAUUUACAAAAUUUUUAAUAAUGAAUAUGAAUUUUUAUCGAUAUGAAACAUUAAAUAUAGAUCCAUGUGAUAAUCAAUUAAAUAAAUAUUUGAUUACAAAUAGAUUAGGAUAUGGGUUAACAUCAAAAGUAUAUUUAUUAAAUGAUAAAGAAAAUAAUAAUGAAAAUCAACAAACAAAUAAUAAUAAUAAAAGAAAACAAGAAAAUAAUACUAAUGACAUAAAAAGUCAUGUAAUAAAAAUUUCAAAAAACAAUGGAUAUUCAUCAGAAUUUUUAAAUGAAUUAAUGAUAACAAAAAAAUUAAAAGAAAAAGAUAUACAUAAGUUUGAAUCAUUUUUUCAAGAAAUUAUAUAUUCGUCACCAACAGGUAACGAUUUUCUUUAUUAUUUUCUUAAGAUUUUCAAUAGAUUGAAAGAUUAUAAAGAAUAA